GCCGGGAAGUCUGGCGGGCGGGAGGCGGCGGGAAUAGCCGGCGGGCCGUGGUACCGGCAGCGGGAGGCGGCAGGAUGGUGAAACUGACGGCAGAAUUGAUCGAGCAGGCGGCUCAGUACACCAACGCCGUGCGGGACCGCGAGCUGGACCUCCGGGGGUAUAAAAUUCCUGUCAUUGAAAAUCUAGGUGCUACCUUAGACCAGUUUGAUGCUAUUGAUUUUUCUGACAAUGAAAUCAGGAAACUGGAUGGUUUUCCUUUGUUGAGAAGACUGAAAACAUUAUUAGUGAACAACAAUAGAAUAUGCCGUAUAGGUGAGGGACUUGAUCAGGCUCUACCCUGUCUGACAGAACUCAUUCUCACCAACAAUAGUCUUGUGGAACUGGGUGAUCUGGACCCUUUGGCAUCUCUGAAAUCACUGACUUACCUAAGUAUUCUGAGAAAUCCUGUAACAAAUAAGAAGCAUUACAGACUGUACGUAAUUUAUAAAGUUCCGCAAGUCAGAGUACUGGAUUUCCAGAAGGUGAAACUAAAAGAGCGUCAGGAAGCAGAGAAAAUGUUCAAGGGCAAACGGGGUGCACAACUUGCAAAGGAUAUUGCCAGGAGAAGCAAAACUUUCAACCCAGGUGCUGGUUUGCCAACUGACAAAAAGAAAGGCGGGCCAUCUCCAGGGGAUGUAGAAGCAAUCAAGAAUGCUAUAGCAAAUGCAUCCACCCUGGCUGAAGUGGAGCGGCUGAAGGGCUUGCUGCAGUCUGGCCAGAUACCUGGCAGGGAGCGCAGAUCAGGCCCCAAUGAUGAUGGUGAAGAGGAGAUGGAAGAAGACACGGUCACAAAUGGGUCCUGAGCAAUGUGGCCUGAGUAUCUGCAGGAUGUAUGAUACGCCUCCUUGGGACAAGUCCUGCUUUUUGAACUUGGAAUAAUAGCCUUGUUUGGGUCAGCUAAGUGGAGUUCAUAAGCAUUGUUGAAAGGCUUAAGACUGCUGCUGGUAAUUUUGUAAUAUUACUAAUUUUGAAACCUAAAUGCCAGUUUUCUACAAAUAGUAAAAACACGACAUUCACUGUGCUGCCACGUUGUCUGUCAUGGGGCGGGGCGGGGGGUGCGCAGCGCAGUGAGGUAUACGGACAUGUGGAAGUUGGAAAUGCCCGAGGGCAGUGUUUCUAGGUAGGCUUCCCAGGCCUCUAUAAAAUGUUUAGAUUUUUAAAUUCUUAAUAAAACUCAAGAUUAUCU